AUGAAAAGUUCUCAUACGAAUUCAAACCUGACAUAAUUUGAAGAUAACUAUAACAAAAUGAAUGUGUUAAGUGCAAGAACAAAUAAAUUAGGGUUAAAAUCUUAAAUGCCUCAAAAAGAAAGCCGAUAAUUUUCACACCAUGUUGAUGGAAAAUAAAGAAAAUAGAUAAAAGUUAAAAACUUACUUGUGAUAACUGAUGAUUAAAAACUGUUUCAUAAGGUUUAAGAGAGCAUACAAUCUUAUAGAAGUCCUAAGAACUGUCAAACAAUUGAUGAGGAAUGCCCAAAUCAUUUGGAUAAAGGGAAUAAGAAAAAUUCAAGAAUGCUUUCGCCAAAGGAAUAAAACGAAAUGAUUGAAUAUUUGUAAAGGAAGAAUGAAGAAUUAGUUCAAGAAAAUAAAGAAAAGUAAUAACUGAUAAAUAGAUUAUUGGGAUCAGGUAAUGGAGCUUAGAAAAUAAAGAAAAUACAAUCUCCUAAAUCCUAGUUGACAUUUUAAUCAAUACCCAAAUCGGCUGAUGCUAGAAAUAGGAUGGAGACUGACAUUCGACUACCUGUAAUUAGGACACCAGAACGAAUUUUAGAGUAGAGAUAAGACAAGUAGAUAGUUUAGAAUGAAAAUUAAAGAAGUGACUUGCUAAAUUUAUAUAACAUGAGUUUUGGAAAAUAAAUUAAUUUAAAUGAAGAUAAAAAGGAGUAGUUAGAAUUAACUUCAAAUUAGCAUAGGCAAACAAACCCAAGAGAAAAGAUGUAUUCAUAACCAAAUCAACCAUUGAAGAAGAAUCAUUUUUCAAAGGUUCUUUUGAAAUUGCCUUAAGAGUUUCAUUUAGAGGUUGAAACUCAAAAAAGGCAGCUUUGA